ACCUCCGGUCACCAGAUGGCGCUGCGUCUUUCACCAAGUUAUUGCCCGCUGCUCGAUUCCAACUCCGGCGCAACUCGUAGGGCUUUGGACUGUAAACAGACGGCGAUGGCUGCUGAGAGGGGCGGAGGCGACAACAACAUUCACGACGACAUGGGCAACCAGCUGCAGCUCGUACCUGAAAAUGAGGAAGAGGAGGAAGAUGAUAUGGAAACUGAGGAUCGUGAUAGUGAGGAUGCAGAAAAACCGAGCAUUAUCAACUUUGACCCCAGCCUGCCAACUUCACAUGCUUACCUGGGUUCAGACAUGGAGGAGUUCCACGGCCGUACUCUUCACGAUGAAGACAGUGUGCAGAAUCUGCCUGUUCUCCCUCAUGCUGCUCUCAUACUUAUCCCAGGCCAGACGCUGCCGCUGCAGCUUUUCCGACCGCAGGAGGUCAGCAUGUUCCGCAACCUGGUCAGCCAUGACCGCACAUUCGCAGUUCUUGCACACAGUCCUGAUGCAAGUGGAGGAGAGCUUAAAGCAGAGUUUGGCACAACAGCAGAGAUCUACGCCUUUCGUGAAGAGCAGGAGUAUGGCAUUGAAACAGUGAAAAUCAAAGCUAUUGGGCGGCAGCGCUUCAAAGUGCAUGACAUUCGCACACAAGCAGAUGGGAUUCGUCAGGCAAAAGUACAGAUUUUGCCUGAGAGGAUUUUACUUGACCCUCUGAGUGCACUUCAGCUCUUGUCUCGUGUACACACACAUGCUUCACCUACCAAGCACACACAACCACAAAGCCAAGUGCAGCGCUGCCAGAACUACAGACGGAGAAAGUUGUAUCCUGCUAGCAUGACACCAUGGCCUCCCUGGGUUUAUGCUCUCUAUGACUCUGAGACUCUAAUGAGCAGAGUAAAGAGACAGCUUCAUGAAUGGGAUGAGAACCUCAAAGAUGAAUCUUUGCCUACAAACGCUAUAGAUUUUUCAUACAGGGUGGCUGCAUGUUUGCCAAUAGAUGAUGCUCUUAGACUUCAGCUUCUUAGGAUUGGCAGUGCCAUACAGAGACUGCGCUGUGAGCUGGACAUCAUGGACAGGUGCACAUCUCUGUGCUGCAAACAGUGCCAGGACACAGAGAUCACAACCAAGAAUGAAAUUUUCAGUCUGUCUCUGUAUGGGCCAAUGGCGGCUUAUGUGAAUCCACAUGGUUAUGUUCAUGAGACACUGACUGUCUACAAGGCUAGCAACCUCAAUUUGAUUGGAAGACCUUCUACUCUGCACAGCUGGUUUCCAGGGUAUGCAUGGACGAUUGCUCAGUGUCGGACGUGUGGUUCUCACAUGGGCUGGAAGUUCUCGGCGGUGAAGAAGGAUCUGAGUCCACCGCGCUUCUGGGGUCUGACUCGUUCUGCUCUCUUACCCACAAUCCCCCAGGGCGAGGAGGGUGUGGAGGGCUCGCGCCUGCUCUGCCUGUGACCUCAGCAUGACCUGCACCUUUUAAGCUCGCAGCACAUAAAACAUCUAUCAUUUGAGUCCUCCACCUCACCCCAAAACAUCACUCUCCAAAUCAGAAAGAAAGAAACAUGGUAGGAGACAGAGAGAAAUAGCUUCGGCCAGGGCAAAAAGGGGACAGAUAGACUAUAAGGUGUACAAGGUGUAAAGGAGAGGUGAAAAAUAAACUGCUUUGUAAAUUAGUUUCCCUUGUAGAAUCAAACGAGAUGGACUCCAUGAGGCACUUCUCAGUUUAAAUCUAUUGCUUUUACAAUCAAAUGUUCCUCUCACUUUGCCCACAAUAACUUAACUUGGCAAUGUCUCAUGUUUGUGUAUGCAUAUGAUGAAAGGGUCAUCACAUUGUGUUUCUUAGUAUUUUGUUAAUAUAAACAGGCCUUCUGUGAGGAGGAGGGAAUUUUUCACUAUUAUUGGCCAAAGGAAGAUGACUUUGGUAAGAUUAAUAAACAGCAAGGGGACACUGUGCAACAUGCUCCUGGAUACCACAGUAACUACUGAUGGGGAAGGACAGCUGGUGAUUUAGAAAGUAACAGAGUUACUUAUCAUUGUAAAGUCAUAUCAGGGGCAUAGCCCUGCUUACUGUAUUUUUGUAUUUAUAUGUUGUCCCCUUUUCCCUAUCUCUUGUCAAUGACAAUGUUAUUGGUUGUAUGUGUGUUGAAGCACUGAAAGGACUUUGUUAGCAGGCUUAUUAUUAGAGAGGUCUGCAUGUAGACUGCAGCAGUUUUUGGGGGAAACUUCUAUUAUAAAGCAAACUUUCAUUACAUGCAGUACAGAUAGACUUCACAUACACACAUCCUGUGUGCACUGCAGCAGUCUCAUAUCCAUGAUGAUGAACCUAGAUACAUAAAAUGCACCUAACUGGCCGCUCACUGACAUAUCUGUAAUCAUAAUGAUUUAUUAUUCAAGGGAUUCAGGAUCCAAAAGGAUGUUCAGUUCUACUAAAUGCGCUAAUAAAAUCAUUUUUGGAAUGUC